GGGAAGGUGCAGUGUGCUUUUAUUGUGGGGAGUGUUUUGCUUAGAUUUUGUUUUGGUGAAGAUCGGCAAAAAAUAAAUAAAUAAAUAGAAAAGUACACAAGUUAUGUAAAAUGUUAACAUUUCUAUUUUAUGCUCCUUACUGAUUUUUGUGGUUGACGAAAAGCCGCACAUAACUGAAAAUUAAUAGCAGACUGAAAUCAGUGUUUCGCUCUGCAACAUAUUUUUUCUUCAUACAAAAGUAUUUUUAAAUAUUCAGCUUUUUUAACGAAAAGUUUCCAUAUUGUUUACCACUUUAAUUACAGUAACUCAAUGCACUAUUCAUCCCAAAGACGCUAAUUUAAAACGUACAUUUUGGUUUUAGAAUAAGCUUUUAAAAAGUGUGUCGUCUGCUUGCGCUAGUGCUUUACCGGCGACCAAAAGCUUUUCGUUUUAACGUGAUUUUAGGAGGAAUUUUAAAGGAUUUUCCUGUUAAACUACAGAAGUACAAGCAACACGCCUCGGAAUGGAAUACUUGCUGCUUGUGAAGGUUUGUGCCCUCGUAGGCUUGCUGGCGCUGACUCUGUUCUUCGGCAUGUUACCCGCAAGACUGCAGUGGUUCCGAAACUCAAGCGGCACAGAAAGUCAUAGGAUUAUACUAGCCUUCAUCAGCUGCUUUGCAGGAGGUGUCUUUCUUUCUGCAUGUCUUCUGGAUAUCAUCCCAGACUACCUGUCUGAUAUUGGAGCACAGUUGGAAGCGCGAGCUGUUGAUACUGACUUUCCAAUCGCGGAGUUCAUAAUGGCUUCAGGUUUCUUCCUGGUCUUAAUUCUUGAGCGGUUCAUUUUGGAUUAUACUGGAAGAAGAUCUGGGGAGGCUACACCACUUCUUUUGCCUUCCUCCCAUAGCCAUGGGCACCACCAUCACCUUGAGAGUGGUGAACAUCAUGUGCAUGUUGAUGUCCAUGCUCACUCCUCUUUUCGUUCUUUUAUGCUGUUCCUUUCUUUGUCCUUUCAUUCAGUUUUUGAAGGUUUGGCUAUUGGAUUACAAACCACUGAUUCAAAGGUACUGGAGAUAUGUAUUGCCAUUUUAAUUCACAAGAGCAUUAUAGUGUUUAGCCUUUCACUAAAACUUGUGCAGAGUGCAGUACCCCAGCUUUGGCUGAUGGCCUAUCUCCUGGUUUUUUCUAUGAUGUCUCCAUUGGGAAUUUUUAUUGGGAUCCUUGUGACUGAGGCCCACAUCGAAGCCGGACUGCUUGUACAGGCUGUCUUGGAAGGCAUUGCUGCUGGAACCUUCAUUUAUAUCACCUUUUUGGAAAUACUUCCACAUGAGCUCAACAACACUGAUCAACCUUUACUUAAAGUUCUCUUUAUUCUUUUGGGAUUUACACUAAUGGCUGGAAUUUCCUUCAUUGGAUAAAACACCAAGGUGAGAAGGAGGCAGUAACUGUCAACAUGAAUCAAAUUGAACAAUCAUAAGUGAUCUUUAAGUCUAUCCGACUCUCAUCUGGUAUUGACUUUUUUAUAAGAAAGUUUUAAGAUUAUUCACACCACUGACUCACUGAAUGAAAUGAUUAUAUGUUGUAAGUACUGUAUGUAUGUCAAAAAUUAGUAGCUUUUGAUAAAUGACUUUGUCACCACUGGUGCUAAACUAGUAUGAACUGACUGAUAAGCAAACCUUUGUAUGGGAGGAGGAAACUUAAAUAUAUUUAGAGAUAUAAAACUUCUAAUUCAAAUGAUUUUGAAGAACAGUGUUAAAUUAACAUAACCCUUUUAACUAUUUUUAGCCCAGUUUUACGUACAUAAGCUACUGCUGUGGCAUAUUUUUCACAUAGGAUCGGUAUAGCACCUUAUUGAUAAAAGAUGUUCUGAAGUUUGACUAGCACUUGUGCUAACAUCAUUAAAUGCCUAGAGUAAGUUUUCCUGUUUUAUGAAACAAAAUUAAACCAAUGUCUAUUUCUUGUAUUAGUUCAAAGCAUGUUUACAUUACUACUACAACCAUCAACCACCUGAGGAGACUUCAGAUCUUUGGUCAGAAUUGUACUGCUCUAUAGCGCAAUUCCAAUUCAGUGUUAUCAAGAGGCACUUAAUAAAAGUUAUGCUAGCUGUGUUAUUUUGUUUAUGCUAGCUGAGCCUCAAUCUUCGUUUCAGUGUUCAUGUAGAUGCAUUUUGUAAUUGUGUAUGGUUAAAUGAAUAAUAGCUUUUAAAUGUGACUGGUUUAUUUUUUAAAUGUCUGCAUUUAAUUAUGAUCUUGUGGGAUAAUUUUAUAGCAUAUUAUGGGCAUUUUAUAUAAUUCUUAAUAUACUAAUAAGUCUGCCUUUUUUUAAUUUCUGAUGAAAAUGGUUUGUGCAUACUAUGCUUAUCUGGUAACUUGACUGAUAGAAGUAAAUGGAGCUAUUAUUUAAAAAAAAAAACAAAAAAAAAAAAAACUGAACAAUUUUCAUAUAGUUUUUACUGUCUUUAUUAAAUGAACACCCAAAAUAUUUUUUAAAUAUUUCUUACCACAUGUGGUUUAUAGUGAUGGACAAGAAAAAUCUUUAAUCUGAUAUUUUCAUGAAGAGUGGAGCUAAAAACGUUUAUAUUUUAAUAGAAGUGGACAGUAACCAAUGCUGGUUACAGCAAUUAAAACAUCCAUAAAAAAUCAAAUGUUACUCAUGUCACAUAAUCCACAUCAGGUCAUUGUAUACUCAAAAUAUGCAUUUUUUUGCUAAAUAUUUGAUAGAUCGGUUCUUCUGGUAAAACAAAGGUAGCCCACAACCUGGAAGCCCUUAUACAUGGAGUCAGGGUUUUAAAUCGAAGACUCUCCUCUUCCCCCCAAAUACACUGUCCAAGAGUCCUGUCCUCAGCCACCUUGGAAUACAGUGCCGCUUUAUUACCCACAGUGUUUGUAGUGCAAUUCAAGAUAAGUUACAUUGAAGCGCUUGUGGGACCAUGCCUAGAAUUGUCUAUCCAGUGUUGGUCUCCAUAUUGCAAGAACAUAAUGGCUCUAAUUCCUAUGAAGAGCUAGUAAUUAUUACAGGGUAGUUGAAUAACACAUUUUAAGACAUACAUCUUUUUAAUUUUAGACAAACUCAGAUAAAGAGGAUGAUGUAAAUUUUAAAAGUAUUGAAGAGAAUAAUUGAGGUACUACAACAAGGCCAUAGACAGAUAGAAAUAUAAGCAUAUUAUAUGGAAAUAUCAG